ACGACUUAAUUUCCAUCUAUCACGUGAUCUCAAAAUGGCCGAUUGAUGUACGCUGUUGUCCCCGGGUAAAGAAGACAGUCAUAUUUGAAGUUUCCAAUAUGAACCUAGAAAAUCCCCAUCUGGGUAUGAGCUGGUAUGACAGUGCAUGGGUCCCCCUCCUGAACCAAUCCAACAUUCUGGACUACUUUUGUGAACGUAGCAAUCCUUUCUAUGAUCACACAUGUAACAAUCAGAUCAUCAAAAGUCAACGACUCAGUCAGGAUCAGCUCAAUAAUAUGGUGGGAAUUGAGUACAUUUUAUUGCAUGUACAGGAACCAAUUCUUUAUGUCAUACGGAAACAACACAGAUUCUCUCCUACACAAGUGACUCCUCUAUCUGAUUACUACAUUGUUAAUGGAGUGGUUCACCUGGCUCCAGAUCUCUACUCUGUCAUCAACUCCAGACUAUUAAACACAGUGUCCAGCUUACAGUCUGCUUUUGAGGAAGCAAUGUCUUAUUCACGCUACCAUCCAUCCAAAGGCUACUCCUGGGAGUUUUCAGAAAAAGAUGAAAUUGAGAAAAAAGAAUCAGUGGACAAGAAAAAGAAAGAGGAGCCUAGUUCCUUAUUCCAGCGACACCGAGUGGAUAAUCUCCUGGGGGAGCUUGCUAAGAAAUUCCCUCCUAAAGUUGUCCAACCUCCUCAACCAGAUUCAAAAGAGGAGCCCACAAAACAUGAAACUGUCAUAAAGCAGGAGGUGAAGCAGGAAAAGGCGGACGACAAAUCUAACAGCAUUAAACCUCCUCCUGAAAAACGAGCCAAGCUGGCCCGGUGACAAAUCUAACAGCAUCAAAACUCCUGAAAAACGAGCCAAGCUGGCCCGGUGACAUGCCCAUUGACUCGUUGUUUCCUGAGACCAGCAAGGUCUGCUGGGUGAACUACAGUGAAUCAAUGAUCGUGAGUGAGAACAACACUCGCUAAUGGCUCGAGAGGUCUGUGUCUUAUACACAGCGGGGACAUGCAGUAGUCAUUUGUACUGAUUCUUUUGUCAGAAGAUGUCGUCUUAUAGUCUCUGAUGAGGAGUAAAUUUAUCAAGAUGAAUUUUGAUAUCUGCUAUAUUUUGUACAAUGCUCAAAAUAAACAGUGGGUAAAGUCAA